UUUCUCAACAAUACCAAAUAUCCUAUUGUUAGUCUAUUGUUGUCCUGCAUUGUUGAAAGUCGAGUAACUGCGUUUCGGAAAGAAAUUUUACUUAAUUUAUUGAUAUUGCGUCAAUUUUAAUUGAAUAUUAUUAACGAUGCUACUUUAUGGAUAUUGCCGAUUAAUCCUUAUCGGAGUCCAAUUGUUUCUACCUAUAUGGUGUUUAUCAACUAUCAUAUACACUCUGAUUGAGAUUGGUGUGUAUAUUUUCAAAAUAAUAAAUGUUCGUCGAAGGAGUCGAAAGGACUCCACACGCCAAUUACGCUUGGUUCGAUAUCAGAAAAGGUCAAAACAAGAAUUUGCUCACAACCACUCAAAUUACGAUUAUUAUUAUAAUCACAAGGAAAGAGACAGAACAAGAAAAAGAAUUUCAAGAGAAAAAGACAGUAUUGAACCAAAAACUUCAAAACGGCAAUGUCGCCGUAGUAAUUCUAGUUCUGGUUCAGCAUUUACGCCAACAAAUCAACUAUCUGUUGGCUUAACAUCAAUUCCAAACUCCAAAUUAUCUCCAAAUAUUCAAAAACAAACUUCUUGUCCUGAGUCGUCAAAUAUUUCUACAAAUAUAAGAAGUAAAAGGACAAAGAAUAAUGAAAUUUUCAGUUCAUACAGUUCUAGUAUACGAAUAAUGGAAAAAAUACAAUUGAAAAGUUCCAUUAAUCAGUCUGCUAAAGAAAAGACUACUGAGAAUGCGGAAAAAAUAUUUCAAAGCAAUUCUUCGAUGGCCAUUCCAAGAAAGGGCAUAUCUUAUCGAAGAAAUCUUCUCAUAUAUACCUCUCUUGGAACUCAUACACAAACUGCAUCUAUACCUGCUCACCUUCCUACGUUAGAAGAACAUAAUAAAGACAAAAAAUUGGAAGAAAAACGACUGGAAUGGUUGUUGUCUGGAGUAAAACAAGCCUGCAAGAAGAAAGAUUGUACAAAAGUAAAUGAUAGUGGUAUUUAUUGCGGUCGCCAACUAGGCAUGGUUCAAUACCAGAAAACGUCCAAACAGGAAUUUGCUCAGAAUCAAAAAAUGGGUCUAAAUCACUCAAAUUACAAUGAUUAUUAUAAUCAGAAACAAAUAGAUAAGAAAAGGAAAAGAACUUGAAGAGAGAAAGACUGUAUUGAACCAAAAAGUUCAAUACAUUAUUAAUACAUUUCAUUUAUUAUAUAUUAUAUAAGUAUUGUUAUUAUAUAAAUUCAUUUUCUAAAUUAUUUCGA